AUGAAGUGCAUAUACUUGGAAAAAUCCGACCUAUGCCGCUCUCCCCCGGUGGCCGAGAGUUUUCAGACGCUCAUUGUCGCCUUCAUUGCGGUUGCGCAAGCCGGCGUGAUCGCACCCGUGGUCCCUGUUGCUCACGUGGCCCCUGUGGUGGCCCACCCCGUGGCGGUGUCUCACACGAGCUCCGUGGUGCACCACGGGCACCCUAUCGUGCACGCAGCGCCGCUGGUGCACCCCGUCCCGGUGGUCCACGCCGCACCCAUUGUACCAGUCGUCAGGCACCACGCGCCCAUCAUUGCUGUCCAUCAUUAAUUUUAAGGAGGAAGUACACAGAUUACUUAGCUCAAAAUUAA